UUUAAAACAUUGGUUGAUGCAGCAAACUGCCUUGGACUACGACCCCAUGAAACCUGUAUACGCAUGGCAUAGGCGGGUAUAUUAUAGGCGGCUUGUCGUUAAGAACAUAAACAGCUUUAGUCUUCUGCAUAGCAAGAGAGAUGAUAAAAUUAAAGCGAAAAUGGAUGAAAUCUCGAAGGGAAGAUGACAGCAGAUUCUCAAUCCCAACUCAAGAUGAUUCUCUUCCCAUUGAAACUCACCAACAAGAAGAGCUUGUAAGGUCAUUUGAACAGAAACAAACUCAACAGAGUCGUCUAUGGAGGGGUGUAUUUUCAACUCUUCUUAUCGGUUAUGUGGUGUUUAUGGUUUUCUCAAUCUAUCAACAAGCUUCAUUUCCAUGGGAAUUACGUUAUCAUGGUUACUUCAUGGGGGAGAUUGAUUCACGGAUGGUCAUUGCAGCAGACUGGAUAGCUGUUUUAGCUUGUUUAAUGGCUGUUAAAGGUCUAUUUCAUAACUCAAUAUCUAACCGGCAGUGGCUUAUCUACUCAUGCUUUACUGGUCUUUUAGUGGCAGCUUUCUGGUUAUAUCAUAUGUUAAGUCUGUCCAAAUUCCAUUGGGAUAUCAUAUGGCUUCCCCUUGGGCCUUUGAGUGGUGCUGGGCUUAGCUUGUACAUUGACCAUCUACUUAAUGAGUCGUCAGAGGAAAUAAGAAAACUUCGAGCAUCCAUGUAUUCGUACAAAGCUGCCUGAAAAUGCUCAGUCCGUUCUACAAGUUGUUUCUCUGAUUUUAAUUCGACUGUGAAGCUCUGAAAAGCUCCGUGUAUAUCACUUGGAUCUCUUGCUGAAAGGUAAAGUUUUGUUCCUUUUUGGACCGAUCCAUGCUCGAAAUCAUGGCAGUGAUUCGCAGUAUGUUUACAAAGAAAACUGAUCAAUCAGACCCAAAUUGUUUGUUUAGCAUAUGGAAUUAUUAGAACCAGAUGCAUGAGGGAAUGCGAAUUAUUAAAGUCGAUUACUAAUAAAAAUCCAACAAAAGAAUCA